AUGGCGGGCCCGGGUCUGAAGAUGAACACCGCUGAGCUCGCGCUGUUCGCGGCAUCGCCGCCACCACCGGCCGCCGAGCCGGCCGCCAAUGACCCGGCCGGAUCCGCCACCGGCAAGGCUCCCCCCGGCGGCGUCGGCCUGGGCACCCCCUCCUGGGACACGUCCAAGUACCAAGCGUCGGCGUCGCCGGGGCUGGUGGCCCCACACCCGACCCCGUCAUUGGCGGCCGGGGCCGGCGCCACGCCGGCCGUCAACCCCUACUGGUCGCCAUACAUGCUGGGCCGCGGCCCGGCCAGUGGCACGCCGGGCAUCGGGCCUCUCAGCGGCCCGAGCACCCCCCUGGCCACCUGCUCGGCGGCCCCGACCCCGGCCACGCCCUUCCUCCGGGCCCUGAGCACCAUGCGGUCCUCGGGCGGGUCUUCCUCCGGGCUGCUGAUGGCCACGGCCCCGACGCCCACCUCGGCCGAGCCCGCCUGGGGCUCGACAUCGGCCACUGCUGCCGCCUACGCCCCGCCGGGCCCGGGCAGUGGGGACAUGUCCAGCGGGUGUGCCACCCCGGCCACCCCGGCCUUCAGCAUGUUCGGCAUGCUGCUGAGCCCCUCCCUGACCGACACCCAGGGCCGCGAGGAGCUGACGCCGCAGCUGCCCCCCACGGCCGGGGCGUCCUGGCACCCGGGCCCGGGCCAUCUGGCCGAGGACCCGGUGCGGCCCGUGUCGCCGAUGGCGGUGGCCGGGCUGGCCGGCGGGCCCCCCAUGACCGACCGCUUCCUGGCCGUGUCCAUCGCACAGCACACCGCCACUGCCGAGGCCGAGGCCGUGGUCCCGGCUGCGGCGCACCCGGCAUCCGGCCCGGCUGGGCGUCACCCGACCGGCAUCCCGGCCAUGGCCAUGGUUCGCCUUCAGGACUACUCCGCCGGCCAGGGCGCCGCGCGGUCCGGAGCCAGCCCGAGCCCCGGGCUGCCGGCGCUCAUGGGCGGCGAUGCCCUCAAUCGCCAGCUCAUCCACAUGCGUCUGACCCAGCAGCAGCAGCAGCAGCAGCAGCAGCAGCCCGACCGGCAAGAGUCGCAGCGCGGCGCGGAUGCCGAGCUGGCCGGCCGCCAGGCCGCCCAGCGCAUCAUCAGUGCGGCGCUGGAGGCGGCCGCCGCGGCCGGCUAUCGGGCUGAUCUGGCGGCCGGGCUGCCGGCGGAUCCGCUGCUGGCCUUCCCGCUGGAGGACCCGACCGUCGGGGGGGCAUCCCCGGUGCCGCGGUACAUCUGGGCCGCGCCGCCGGCGUCCCAGCACCUGCCGGGGCUCGAUGGCCUGGAUGCGGGCGACCCCCGGGCCGACGAUGGGCGCGGCUUCGGCGACCACUCCCCCGGCACGCCCUUCCGCACGAUGGACAUCGAGGAGGCCGACCGUCUGGUCCAGGCCUUUCAAGCGUCGCAGGCCAGCCGGCAGGCGGCGCGGCCGGAUCCGGGCCCGGGCGGGGCCUGGAGCGUCGGCACGGCCCGGCCCCGCACCGAUGGCAUGGCGCCGCCGGCGCACGCGGCCACUGUCAUGGCAGGCCCGCCCGGCGGCCGGCCCGCGGACCCGGUGCAUGGCCCCCCUGCCGAGGAGCCUGCCAAGCCAUCGGGCCUGGCGAAUGAUGCCCCCCCGGCGGAGCACCGCCCGGAGCCGCUGGCCGACGGCGCGGGGCUGCUGCCUCCGGGCGCCGUGCUCAACAGCCAGGAGGUCUUUCUGACGGCCCUGCUGUCGACCAAAUCCGCUCGCGGGCCGCCGCCGGUGGAAUCGCGCUCCAACGCCGCCCGGGCUGGCACGCCGGCGGCCGCCGGGGGGUCCACUUCGGCCGCGGAUCUGGCCGGCCAGCACGCGGGGCUCCGCCGGCGGGCCGGCGCCGCGGCCGCCGCCGCCGCCGCCCACCCGGGCCCCGACGCCCUUCUGGCCACCGACAGCCCGACCAUGCUGCUGGCCACGGAGUCGCCGUCACUCGGGCACCUUGCCGGCGGGGGGUACUCCCGGCCGGGGAGCGUGCCGCCGCCGCCGAGUCUGACGGCCACGGCGGCGGCGGCCGGCGAGGCGGCCACCCCGGCGGCCCCGGCCGUCGUCCGGUCCGGGCCCACCCUCUUCGACCAGUAUGGGCGGUGGUUUGACAGCCGCGAGGCCCAGUCCCCGCGAGCCCGGUGGCGGAGCUUCUACCGGGUGUUCGCCCCGUGGCUGGUGUUCGGGGUGUUCCUGGCCUGGUUCGUGGCGGUCCUGGCCCAGGGGCGCUUUGGCCGGCAGCUCCAGGCGGCCGAGCGGCCGGCCAUCCGCCAGCUGGCCGUGGCCCUGCAGCGGUCGGAUGCCCCCUGGUCCCAUGGGCUGGAUCGCCUGCGCACGGCCUACCAGUGGCUGGACGCCAUCCUGGCCGGGCCGGUGGGCGGUGUCAACCUGUUCGGCACCCCGGGCCCGGGGCUGUCGCUGGCCCAGCUGUCCGGCGGGUGGCUGCCGGACGCGGUGAUCCCCGUGUCGGCCGGCCUCGAGGCCCUGCUGGCCGUGCUCAUGUUCACCUGGGACAUUGCCCUCCCCUCGCGUGUGUACAUCUACCUGACCUUCCUGCGCAUGACGCGCCAGCUGCUGGGGUCCAUGAUCGGCGGCGCCGGGCUCUUUGAGGAGGACUGCCGCGCGGCCCUGGUGGCGCCGUUCGAGAGCCGCGUCGCCCUGCUGGAGCAGCUUCCCCUGGCUGCCUGUGGUCCUGAAUCCUCGGGCCUGCCGUCGGCCCAUCUGAUGGUUGCCACCGGCAUGCUGCUCUUCAUGGCGCUGCAUGUGCGCAAGCAGUUUGUCGUCCUGGCCAGCCUGGCCACCGUGGGGUACAUCGGCGCGGCGGCCACCGUGUCGGUGCUGAUCGGCUCGCAAUCGGUGACCAUGGCCUUCGCCGCGGUGGCCUACGGGGCUUCCUACUUCUGCACAUACCUCACCACCCUGGUCGGGGUCCGGCUGUACAAGCUGCUGGAUGAUCACUUCUUCCGGUACAUCAUGGAAACCGAGAAGGAUCCCCUGGAGCUGGAGUCUCUCAUGCUGACUGCGGGCGGUGAUGAGGGCGCUGCCAUGGCCCAGGCGGCCGGCUCGGGCUCGAGCUCGGGCUCGGGCUCGGGCCCGGGCCCGGGCCCGGCCAGCAGCGGCGUGAGUGCCACCGGCGGCAGCAUGUCGGCCCCGGUCCCGGCGGCCGGGCUGGCGGCCGGCCCGGCCCGCGGCGCCCCCAUGCCUGCCCCGGACUCCGGCUCCGAGGACAAGGAGCCCUUGGGCGCGGAGGUGGCCGCGUCGCCGGGCGGCCCCGGCCCGGGCGUCGGCUGGGCCCUCGGCCAUGAGCAGCUCACCCCGCCGGUAUUGCGCUUCCGGCCGCGGUCGCAGAUUCUGUCCGCCGAAACCGGCCAGCUGUCCCCCUUCGAGGCAUUCAUCCAGCCGGCCAAGCAGCCGCCCGGCGGGGCGUCGGCCGUCGCGAGUGCCGCCACGGCCCUGGCCGCCGCGCCCACCGCGGCCAGCAUGGCGGCCCCCGCCUCGCCGAAGGAGGAGGAGGAGGAGGAGGAGGAGGAGGAGGACGAUGUCGACGAGGAGGAGCGCAAGGACAUCCUCCCGGAGAUCGGCGAAAAGCAGGCCACCUUCUCCAUCCCCAGUCGGCCUUCCUCGCGUCGGGCGUCGGCCAGUGCGGAGCCGGGCCCGCAGGCGGCCGACUCCGCGGCCGCCGGCGGCGGCCCCGGCCAGUCGGGAUACUUCCUGGCCCCGGGCGGCCGGAGCACGGUGACCGUGAUCGCGGCCCCGGCCGGCGGGCCCCGCUGGCCGCUCGGCGGGUCGGCCACCGCCGCCGGCGCCGAGGUGAAGACCGUCGAGCUGAAGCCCCCCAGCCGGCGGUCCUCCUUCGCCGACACCGACCCCAGCAGCCGCCGGGGCUCGGCCUCCGGGGUGGCCGGUCUGGCGGCCAUGCCGGUGCCCCCCCGGCGGAGCAGCCUCGGCGUCACGCCGGCCGACCUGCCGGCCAGCGAGCGCCCGGCCGCCCUGGCCGACCUGGCCGCCGCCACCAUGACCCUGGCGCCGAUCCUGGACUCGGCCUCGGCCGGGGACCUGGUCAUUGACAAGCGCCUGGCCAAGGUGGCCAGCGGCGACCUGGCCCCCCUGGCCGGGGCGUCGCGUCCGCCGUCCGCCCCCAGCCCGGGGCCCGGCCUGGCCGAGGACGGCGGCCCCGGCCCCCGGCAGGAGGCCUCCUCCGAGGCGCCGGCCACCGCGGAGCUCACCUCGACCGCCGACGAGCGGAUGCGCCAGCGCGCGGCCCUGGCGCUGGAGGACUUGCGCAAGAUCCGGUCUCGCGGGGCCGCGGCGCCCGGCCCCGAUGCCGCCACCCCGGCCGGCAAGCCCACCACCGCCGGGGCCACGCUCGGGGAGGCGGCCGCGCCGGCGACGGCCCGCGCCGACCCCAUGGCCGGCCCGGCCGACGACCCGCGCCCCGACCACGCGGACGACCAUGACCAGGAGGUGUCGGCCCAGGCGGCCCUCUUUGACCGGACCAUCCCGGUGGACCGGCGCCUGCUGCCGGAGCCGAGCCUCCUGCGCCAGCGGCCGAAUGCCUUCCGCGCGCAGGUGGUCUUCGUGCUGGCCGUGGCGGUGGGCGUGCUGGAGCGCGUCCGCCCGGCCGAGUAUGUCCUGGCCCCCGGCGUGGCCACGCGCAUUUCCACCUUCAUGGUGACCCUGCAGCUGCUGGGCCUGGCGGCGGCCUUCCUCUUCCGGCACCUGGCCCAGCUGCACCUCCGGAAGAUCCCCUUCCGGCCGCACUACAUGCUGAAGGACAGCGACAAUUCCUUCGAGCAGGCCGACGUGCCGGACGGCGAGCUGGCCAUGCCGCCGACCGAGCAUGCGGUCCGCAGCCGCGGGCAAAUCCUCUGGGGCGUGGAGCAGCUCCGCCGGCGCAAUGCCGCGGCCACGGCGGCCGCCGGGCCCGCCGGGCCGACCCCCCGCCUCGGCGACCUGCGCCGCAUGCGCGGCAUCGAUCUCUGGCGGCGCGCGGUCAUCGGCCUGCUGGUGGCGGCCGGGGUGGCCACCAUUGCCUGGGUCCAGGAACUCCUGAUGCACGGCCUCGAGGGGUAUGUGGCCGCGGCCCUGACCCUGGAGGCGGGCGGGUCCCUGUCCCCGGCGUCGCUGCUGCUGGCCGAGGCCAUGGCCGCCCUGUCGCCGGAGAUGGCCACCUUCCUGGCCAUUGUCAUCCGCUCGGCCCGGUAUUUCACCCUCCCGGUGGCCAUGCACUUCUUCGUGCCCUGGAUGGUGGGCCAGUGGACGGCCGCCGUGGCGGCCAACCAGUGGGCCGGGCUGUGCGUGCGCGCGACUCGCCGCGAGCAGCAGCAGCAGCAGCAACUCCACCAGCAGCCCGGCAAGGGCGGGCCCAUGCCCGGGGCCCCGGCGCAAGCCCCCUCCCGCCGGGGCACCGCCAUGGCCGCCACCUGA